AUGUCACUCCUCAUGCUUCCUACUGAAAGGAAUUAUCCAGCAAAGGCUGUGUAUAGGGGAGGGAGCAUUAUGAGUACAAUAAUAGCGAAGUUCACGACAUUUGACUUGUUGGAACGAGCGAAACAGUCACCAUUCAAGCAAUUCUUCUUAGCUCCGCCUCUACAAUAUUCUGGAGUUAUUAUUCACCAGUUACUGCUUAGGAGAGUUGUUGGUAGAGGAAAGAACGAAUACUGCUUGAAUUUUAAUAUUUGUGGUCAGAAUACAAGGUUUGGAAUUAGUGAAUUUGGUUUGAUCACUGGAUUGAAUUGUGGAAUUUCUCUGGAUCAUGCAAAGUAUAAAGAAAUGACCAAGAGUAAAAGACUUCUCCAGACAUACUUGAACAAUAAAGAAUGUUUGUCUUCUGAAGAGUUGGAAGAUGGAUUCAAAAGGUGCGAUGUGAAAGAAGACGUAUGGAAAUUAGGUCUAUGUUUUUUGGUAGACUCUCUUUUAUUACCUAGUGAACCAAAGAAGAAAUGCUUUAUUGAUGUCCUUUCCAUCGUGGAAAAUGAAGAUGACUUCUUCAACUAUCCUUGGGGGAGAUUAUCGUACGAGAAGACAUUAUUCGGCUUGGCAAAAUAUAUGGAAAGGCUAAGGAAUAAAUACUUGAAGAAUGUUGAGCAAAAGAGAAAAAGACCAGCACCUCAGUACACAAUUUAUGGUUAUGCCAUUGCUCUGCAAUAUUGGGCCUAUGAAAUUUUCACAAAGUUCUCUGCAUUUGCUGAUCAACAACCCCUGGCCUUUCCAAGAAUGCUUAGCUGGUCAGCGCAUAAAAUGCUGAAAGAGAAAGAUAUUGAAGGUUUAUUUAAGAAAAAAAGUAAUCUUGUGAAGGCCACGCUCAAUCCAAGACCCGAAGAGAAAGAAUUUCAUGACUCUAUUAUUCAAGGACCAGAUGAACUACUCAUGGGACGUGUUAUUAGCUUUGUAGACGAUGAUGUGGAAUUGGAGUUUGAAAGGGAAGAACGUGAGGAAUCUCCCACAAAGCCCGAUGUAGCAGAUGGGCAUCGUCACGAGCAAGACAAGAAAGAGAUACCAACUCCAAUUAACACCCACCAUGAAAAGUUGUUAGCUGAUAUUGGCACUUUGAAAAGUAACCAACAAAGAAUGGAGGAGAAGUUGGAUUAUCUAAUUGAAUUAGUGCUCUCGCAACGUAAAGGUAGUGAUUCUGAGGAUUCAUUAUCAGAUGAGCAUCUUGCUUCACCACACCGUACAUUUAUUAUGGAGCACGUUGUUGGAGAAGAUAGCCCUAGCUGUAAGGUGGUAUCUCCUAGAGAUAUGGCUGGGGUGGAAUUCAUGAGAAGGAGGGUUCCAACGAAAAGAAUUUUUGGUUCCGAGUUUACUGAUCCAACUAAGAAGAAAAAGAAAGCAAAGACAUUUGUAACUGAUCAUUGUGAAAUUAAUCCCCUACAGCCAUAUGACGAAAAGCAAAUGAGACGUUUUAAGAAAUGGGUAAUUGGUUUAAAAAAGAAUGAUAAGCCUAUUUCUCUCUUGGCUGGUUCGUGCACUGCGAAAUGCUUUAGGAUUGAUGAAAGAACGAGUGUACACUUACAAGAAGCUUACUCCGAAAGAUUCACCAUCGUGGAUUCUAUGUUCCAACAGUUCUUCGAACCACAUUGGGAACAAUUCAACAAGAAGAAAAUCAAAUCAAGCUACAUUUGGCCACAAGAAGUGCUUGAUUACUUGGUAGGUGAUGAUAACAAUUUCAAAAGGAGUUGGAAAGACAUUGACGAAGUGUUUACCCCAAUUAAUUUUUCUGGGACACAUUGGGUGUUGUUAGAGAUAUCAUUGACAAGCUGUCUUAUAAAAGCUUAUGACUCUGAUAUCACUGUGGUCUCCAACAAGGAGUUUGAGAAUAAAAUGAGCAGAUGGGGAAAAAUGCUACCAUUUCUAAUUCAAUCCAAUGGGCUGUUAAGCCAUAGGAAAGAUGUCCAACUACAAGCACAGAAAGUGCGUUUUGAGUUCACAAGACUUGGCACAGAAAAAGUGCCACAGAACAAAACUAGUGGCGAUUGUGGGGUAUAUGUCAUCAAACAUCUGGAGUACUUGCUAGCCAAAAAACCGCUAUCCGAAGUAAAUGACGACAACAUGGAUUUCUUUAGAAAAAAGACUUGUGUAGAUUUGUUUUACCAUAACUUACAACCAUAG